CGGCGGCACUCCCAUCUCCCAAGCUCUCGCGGACUAACAGCCGCCGGCGCUCAGGGGUUGUCUCGACUUGUUCCUUGCCAGAAGCAGUCGAUAAACUCCCCCCGGCUCCCUCGCCUGCAACUUUAGGAACAGGGUGUUUCCAGUUUGCUGAAUCUUCUCAACAAUGGGCAAAGCAUCAAGGGAUAAAAGGGAUAUCUACUAUCGAAAAGCAAAAGAAGAGGGCUGGCGUGCACGUAGUGCUUUCAAGCUCCUUCAGAUUGAUGAAGAGUUCAACAUUUUUGAAGGAGUGAAACAUGUGGUGGAUCUUUGUGCAGCACCAGGUAGUUGGAGCCAGGUUUUGAGUCGAAAAAUAUAUCUCCCAGUGAAGCUGUCUCCUGAUGUAAAGGACAGUGAUCUUCCACUAAUUGUGGCCAUUGAUUUGCAGCCAAUGGCUCCAAUAGAAGGUGUUAUCCAAGUGCAGGGAGAUAUUACAAAUGCUCGAACAGCUGAAGUGGUAAUUAGACAUUUUGAUGGAUGCAAGGCUGAUCUAGUUGUAUGUGACGGGGCUCCUGAUGUUACUGGACUCCAUGACAUGGAUGAAUUUGUUCAAUCCCAGCUAAUUUUGGCAGGCUUAACAAUUGUCACUCACAUUCUCAAGGAAGGUGGAAAAUUUAUUGCGAAAAUUUUCAGGGGAAAGGACACAAGCCUCCUUUAUUGUCAGUUAAAACUAUUCUUCACUGAUGUGACUUUUGCCAAGCCUAAAAGUAGCCGUAAUUCAAGUAUAGAAGCGUUUGCAGUCUGCGAGAACUAUUCUCCUCCUGAAGGAUUUAAUGAGAAAGAUUUGCAUCAUCUUCUUGAGAAGGUUGGAAGUCCGUCUGGAGCUGAGGAUCUAGAUUGCAGCAGUGAAUGGCUUGAGGGUCCAAAUAAGGUGUAUAUACCUUUUCUUGCAUGCGGAGAUUUGAGUGGAUACGACUCUGAUAGAUCGUAUCCACUUCCAAAGGGUCCAGACGGGACAACUUACAAAAGCUUGGAUCCUGUACAACCUCCUAUCGCUCCCCCUUACAAGAGAGCCCUUGAAAUGAAGAAGGCGUCUAACCAAGGUAUCCGAGAACAUCUCGAUAACCUGUCCAUCAAUUCCUAAUCGGAGAUGGCUUGGUAUGUUGUUGAUCAUUUUCAUAUUUUGACUGUAUCAUUUGAUUUUAAUUUAAUAGGAUUGGUUUCUUUAGGAUAUUAUUUAUCAGUUUAAAGUGAUCUGUGUUCCUUGAAAUCAAAUUUGUGCUACUGUUAUUACAGGUUAUGUUAAAGACAUAUUUAUUGAC